GUGCUCCUCCCUGUGUUUAAAAGGUUUGUGAGUGCAGCUGUAAGGACUGUGUGAUGUUUCAGUGAGAGUUACACCAGUGCUGCUCUCAUCAUCAUCGUUAGUGUUAUUAUUACUCAUUAAUUCAUUAAUACGUUAUCUGAGGUAAUAAGUGAGUGCGUGAGGAGGAGGAGGAUGAGUGAGGAGUGGGUGCGUGAGAGGAAGAGGAGGAGAGAGACAGUGCUGAGUGUCCUGGGAUUAGUGCUGCUGUUAUACGCCUCUGUGCAGCUGGUCUUCUACAUCGCUACACACACUCCUGAACACCACCACAGAGUGAGACGGGCACUGGAGAAUGAGAGUCAGUGUGUUGCUCCUCAGUCCUCCGAAUUUCCAGAGGGAUUUUUUACAGAACAGGAACGUAAAGACGGAGGGAUUGUUAUUCAUUUCAUCAUUAUUUUUUACAUGCUGCUCGCCAUCUCUGUGGUUUGUGAUGAAUAUUUUUUACCAUCACUCGAAGUCAUCAGCGACCGUCUCGGUCUCUCUCAGGACGUUGCUGGUGCCACUUUCAUGGCUGCUGGAAGCUCAGCCCCCGAACUCGUCACCGCUUUUCUGGGUGUGUUUGUGACAAAGGGAGAUAUCGGUGUGAGCACUAUCGUGGGCUCCGCAGUUUAUAACCUGCUGGGAAUCUGCGCUGCAUGUGGCCUCUUAAGCUCAGUGGUUAGUCGUCUGAGUUGUUGGCCGUUGUUCAGGGACUGUAUCGCCUACGCCAUCAGUGUCACCGCUGUGAUCGCCAUUAUCUCUGACAACCAGGUGUACUGGUAUGACGCAGCGUGUUUGUUACUGGUGUACGGUGUGUACAUCGUGGUGUUGUGUUUCGACGUGAGGAUCAGUGAGUAUGUGUUGCGGCGUUUCAGUCCGUGCUGUGUGUGUUUGGGGAAGAGUGAGGAGGAACUCUCAGAGAGAAGGCCUCUCAGUGGGUGGAGCCACAACCAAGACCAGGAUGAUGUCUCAGGUCUGCGAGUCUCCCGACGCUCACGUACAGACAGCGGCAUCUUCCACGAGGACUCAUCAUACUCACACCUGUCCCUCAGCCUGCACGGCCUCUCAGACACGCCCCACGAGCCCCACAGUGUGUUCCGGAUGCCAGACAGUGAUGUGAAGCGUAUAUUUUGGGUAUUGUCGGUGCCUGUGAUGGUCCUGCUGUACAUUACAGUACCUGACUGCAGGAAACGGUUCUGGAGGAAGUUCUACAUGUUGACGUUCUUCAUGGCUGCCGUGUGGAUCGCCGCCUUCACCUAUAUCCUGGUCUGGAUGGUCACCAUCGUGGGAGAGACACUGGAGAUUCCUGACACAGUGAUGGGGCUUACACUGUUAGCAGCAGGAACCAGCAUCCCGGAUACGAUUGCCAGCGUGAUGGUGGCUCGAGAGGGUAAAGGAGACAUGGCCAUGUCCAACAUCGUGGGCUCUAAUGUGUUUGACAUGCUGUGUCUGGGCCUGCCGUGGUUUAUAAAGACGGCGUUUGUGGAUCCAUCGUCUCCAGUGGUGGUGAACAGUAUGGGUCUGGUCUUCACCACCUCCUCUCUCCUUGUCUCCAUCCUUAUCCUCUUCAUCGCCACUCACAUCAAUGGCUGGAAGCUGGACAGGAAGCUCGGCACUGCCUGCUUAAUCAUCUACAUCCUUUUCGCAACUAUGUCCAUCCUCUACGAGCUCGGGAUCAUCGGGAACAAUCCGAUCCGUGCCUGCGGUGACUAACUGAUUCAGAUCAGAAUUUAACACAGUACACUGGACCUGAAGAACUGCAGCAUGGAGAAUUCCUGAUCUCAGAUCAGCACAAAAUGGUUCAUUAAACAUAACUGACCUAAGAUCAGGGUUAAUACACAACAGCUGAGACUCCUGAGAAGACCUGCACCUGUUUAACUGACCUCAGAUCAGAUCCUGUGCUUCCUGCAGAAUCAGGAUCAACACUUCACACUGGAGUUACUGAUCUCAGAUCAUUUAUGGGUUCAUCAAGAACCUGAGGUUUAUACAAAUCUCAUGUACUGUGCAGAAUAACUGACCUCAGAUCAAUGUUGAACACCACACACACGCACACUUGAACACCACACACACACACACACACAUCAUCGUCGUCGUGUGUUAAAUGCAUUACUACUGACCUCAGAUCAGCUGACACACACUCCUCCAGCACUGGGAUGGGUUUUAUAUUCCCAACCACCUCAACACUUUCUACUGUUAAUUCACUUCAUAACAAUAAUUUAAUGCAAAAACAUUCCAUGUUACACUGUGGGGAGUUUGUAUGGAGUGUGUGUGUGAGUGUGUGUGUGUGUGUGUGUGUGUGUGUGUGUG